CUUUUUUAUUGACGCCAGUCAUUUUUAAUACUGGAGUUAAAUAUUCACACUGCCCAAGAUAAAAAGAAUGAAAAAAAUAGAUUUUUACUCAUAUUUUAUAUACAAACCUUAGGGCGAACCCCUGAAAAAAUGGAAAUCAUUUCCAUCGUCCCCAAGGAAAUCUUCCAGGAUAAAGACAAGAUAAACUUUGAAGAGGAUGAUGUGUUACAGUUACAAUGUAUUGGGGAAGUGGAAAGCAUCAAUGGCAUCCCAAGUAAGAAUAUACGAUGGUGCAAAAACGAAUCGGGCAAAUUACAAAAGCUGUCACUCCAACAUCAUCCUCUGUCAAGCAUAGUGUCGAGAAGCAAGGAUGGGUGCAGUGUUGUUCAGAAAUCGGUCAUAUUUUAUCACAUCUUACAAAAUGACACUGAUGUAGAUCUAAUGUGUGAGUCUGGGCACGGUGGUACGUGUGGAACAAAGGGUAUCAACCUGACGCUAAGCAUACCAACGGCUAAUACCAAUAAAGAUAAAUGGAGAGUUUCGCCAAUUGUCAUUCAUGAUAGAGAAUCUGUCCUUAACAAAAAUCUUAUUAAAUUAAACGGAGCUGGAAAAACCAUCUAUCUUCUCUGUACAGCCUCAACCCUUUUCCAGCAAGAAUCAUCAAAGAACAAAAUGAACUGGUGUUUUAAAAGACAAGUCAAUGAGACAUGGACAAAGAUUAAUCCACAAGAAAAGAAAGUAGAAGUGGUAUCGAAUUCCAGCGGAGAAACAACAAUUUUCAGUAGAAUAAAGUACCAUGUCACAGUAUUAGACAGGGACAUAUUCUUUCUGUGUGAAAUAUCUCGCUACUCCAGGUGUGGAUUGGGUCUGGCACAUGCAACAACAAACAUUUCAAUAAGUGGGGAGACAUUAACGAAUGAAAUCAAAGAAGGUUUUAAAGAUGUUCAACUACAAAAACGUUUGGAACCUGACUGUGGCACAGCUGGCGUAGCUGUGGUGUCUGUUAUAUUGGUUUCCAUCGUCGUUAUUAAGGUUAUAGAUUGA